AUGGAUGCGCCAGCACCAGCCACGACACUGGCACCGGCACCGCCAGUGACGGCGGUGGUGGACGCGCGGUUCUGCGCGCCGGAGGCCACGGCGUUCGCGGUGACCAAGACGAUCAGCCUGACGGGGCGCGACUUCACCGUCACGGACGCCGCCGGCGCCGCGGUGAUGCAGGUGGAGGCCGCGGUGUUCGCGCUCCUGCGCAAGUCCCUCCUCCUCGACGUCGCGCGCCGCCCGGUGCUCACCAUGCAGGACUCGGGCUACUUCAUGGACACCAGGUGGGAGGUCUUCAGAGGGGACAGCACCAGCCGGAGGAACCUGCUCUUCGCCGCGGUGAAGUCGUCGGCGUUCCAGAUCAGGACCAAGAUCUACGUCUUCCUGGCCGGCAACGCCGCCGGCGAGGAGGUGCCUGACUUCGUCAUCCGAGGCAGCUACUACGAUGGCGCGUGCACCGUGUGUCGCGGCAGCUCCGACGCCGCGAUUGCUCAGAUUACACGCCAAAACACAGCAGGUGGUGCACUGCUCGGGAGGCACACGUAUACUGCGAGGAUCAGCCCAGGCAUAGACCGGGCGUUCAUCCUUGCACUGACCGUUAUUCUGGACGAGAUGCGUCACCACAGGCAUCACCACUGA